AGUUAAUUGUCUUUGGAAUUUGAAGUAUGAUUCUAGAAAUGAUUUGACAGACUCAUUUUUAGCAUUGUCAUUUACUAAUUCCACAAGGCUUAUGUAUAUUGGAAAAUAUGGAGAAUUGGAAUGUAUAAGUGAUAGGAGUGGACUUGAUUUAGAGUGUAGUUCAUUAUGUAUAGUAGAAUUUAUUGAUUUAGCUGGCUGGUUAAUUCAGAUUCACAGAAAUGCAGUUAAUAUGAUAAAAAUUUGCCGAAAUCUUGAUUUGAUGAAGGAGGAAUCAUCACCAUCUGAGAAUUUAGUACAAGGGAAUUUAAUCUCACGUUGGAUUCCACCCAAGAAUACAAUAAUUGAAGUUGCAAGUGUAUACCAAUCAAUCAUUAUUUGCAGUUUAUCUUCAUCUGACGGCAAAAGUAUAUUAAUUGCUCUUAAAGUAAAUUACGAUAAAAAUAAAGAAGAUUUAAAUGGUAUUUGCUAUACUCAAAUUGGAGAAUAUAUAUUGGAUAGUCAAUCAUGUUUUAUUAAUUGUAUUGCUCCUUGGUAA